ACCCAGCUAAAGUUUGUCAUCAAAUCAAUCGAAUCAAAUAGCUUUUUAUUCACAAAACAUUAUACAAAUUUAUAAUAUUCAUUUACACAUUUAACAUUGAAUACUCUCCACAAAGACUUGAGUCUGUGAGUGGAGAGUGAGUUCUUUCACUUUCAUAAUAUAUGCAUUAAACUAUUUGGCGGUACGAAGUUCGCCGAGCCAGUUAGUAAUCUAUAAAAAAAGAACCUCAAUAAGAAGAAUGCAAUUUGAUAUAAUAAAUAUUAUUUAACAGCUGUAAUAUUAUGCUCUUACUAAGUUGUAGAUGUUACACAAAUUUAAAGGCUUAUUGAAUGUAUAACAUAUAACAUAUUUGAAAAAACUUAACCUGAUAUUAAAUGGCAGUUUUAAUAUUCCACUUGAAAUUCCUUCAAAAAAAUGCUCAUCCACAUAUUUGGGAUAAUAAGACAUUCUCAUGUUUUCAAAAAUUGUGGGCAAAACAGAUCACAGUAAGAGACGCAUUAAAUUCGGCUCUAGAUGAAGAGAUCAAGAGAGACGAAAGGGUAUUUCUGUUGGGCGAGGAAGUUGCACAGUACAAUGGUGCUUACAAAGUUUCAAAAGGACUUUGGGAAAAACAUGGGAGUAAACGACUAGUUGACACCCCUAUUUCUGAAAUGGGAUUCGCUGGUAUUGCUGUUGGUGCUGCCCUGAACGGCUUGCGACCAAUUUGCGAGUUCAUGACCUUCAAUUUUUCAAUGCAAGCUAUUGACCAAAUUAUUAAUUCAGCGGCAAAAACGUUCUACAUGUCUGGUGGAAUGCUUGGAGCUCCAAUUGUGUUCAGAGGACCUAAUGGAAUUUCUGCAGGAGUAGCCGCACAACACUCGCAAUGCUAUGGAGCUUGGUACAGUCACUGCCCUGGUUUGAAGGUCCUAUCUCCUUACAACUGUGAAGACUGUAGGGGACUCUUGAAAGCAGCAAUAAGAGAUCCUGAUCCUGUUAUAUUUCUAGAGUCUGAACUCCAGUAUGGUCAGACUUAUUCAGUAUCGGACGAGGCCUUGUCAGAAGAUUAUGUGUUGGAGAUAGGAAAAGCGCACAUUGAAAGAGCUGGCAAGCAUGUAACGUUGACUGCUCAUUCCAAGUCAGUGCAAACCUGUCUUGAUGCCGCAACAGAGCUGUCCGGCCAAGGCAUCGAAUGUGAAGUGAUCAAUCUGCGUUCGCUGCGGCCACUUGAUAUCAACACUAUUCGCAAGUCGGUGGCUAAAACUAAUCAUUUGGUGACAGUUGAAGGUGGAUGGCCCCAAUGUGGAAUUGGCUCGGAAAUCUGUGCCCUAAUUAUGGAGAGUGAAGCAUUCUUCCAUCUUGACUCGCCUGUAAUCAGGGUAGCUGCUGUUGAUGUUCCACUGCCCUAUGCGAAAAAUUUGGAGACAAUAGCUCCACCCAGGCCUGUAAAUAUUAUAACAGCUGUGAAGAAAGCUCUUGGAGUUAAAGAAAAAGCUUCAUCAAUUUCACGUUAGAUGAAUCAAAUCUACAUUGAAAAAGAAUAAUAUUUUAUGGUUUAAUUCUUAUGAAAUUGUAUCCAAUAUGAUUUAUUUCAAAUUUGUAUUCAAUUAUUAUUUCAAGUACUUUUUGUACUUGAAACAAAUGAAAUGGCAAAUGAGUUGAAUUUAUCUUCACAAAAAACUGAAAUGUGAAAUUAAAGCUUCUAAUAUUUAUUUUAAGCACCUCGCUUUGAAGACAACGUACUAGGUACCUUCUUUAAUCAGAGUGAAAUUCAUUCAUUCCCCUCAAGGUUGUUGAAUAUAAUUAGAAAGAAAUUGUGAAUAUCUUCGUGAAUAAACGUUUUUGUGUACCGUAAUACAAUUUUGUUUAAUAUCAA